AUGGCCUCACGCCCUUCCCUUCACCAAUCGCUGUACCGGGCCCUUCAAUCGGUACCGACGGAGAAGGCCAGCCCACGCACGUUCGAACUUAUGACGCUGUGUACCAAACCCUUUCGGACGUAUACUCUUUUUCCACAUGCGCUCGACCCAAGGAUCUCGAUCACGAGGACAGACUAUCUGAUCAUGCUGGCCGAAAAAUUCGAAGAUUACCGCACGCCUAGCCCAACAUCCCCCCCACCGCAAGUCAUCGUCCCUGUCUUCGCACUUGAGGCGUCUCUCUACACAAUCCCAACUACUUCCGUCCAACUUCUCUACAUUUCGAAGAUCGACACAACCGGACUUGCUCCUCUACCUGCGCCUGCUGGCCAACUUACGAUCGCCUUUCUGACUCAUUUCCUUCAACAUAUGCCAAAAUCGAUCCAUAGUCUUAGGAUUCACAUCUUCGCUCGCGCUGCUAGAGAAGGCCAAUAUUUGUUUCCGGCAAGUGCCGAAAACGGCCCAAAUGGAAAUGGGGACGGUGCUAAAUUUGCUUCAAAAAACGACUCCACCCAAGACUCUGUCACGGCUCUUCCCUACAAACGGCCGGCAGGGAAACGAAUACUGGAUGAUCAGCAAUUAGUCAAAUGGUGGCAUAAAAUCUUAUCUCAACUUACGAUUGGAUAUCAUCAACUUACCACCUCUAAGAACCCCUUGGAAUGUUUUUACAUCCUACCUGGAUUUGAUCAUGAAGAGUCCCUUGAAGUCUUGCCACUUUCAUCUGAAUGUAAAGCAUUAUGGAAUUAUGGACAUCCGUAUCAUAAAAUCGCCUCGCCUUUUGCGCCAACCAAUCAUCAUUCGCAGACCUCAAACAUCCAUCCUGGUGCCGACCGACCGCGAGGCUACUUAUUAUCAGACUUAAUCCCGGCAUUCAACGAUGAUCCGAAAGCGAGAUUCCUGCACUCGAUUGGAGAUUGUUCAACGACUCCUUCGGGCGAGCCAGGUGACUGGGACGAUGCGAUUGUUGAACGGUCUUCGGCUGCUUUGGAAAGUGAUCGGAAUCGCGAACGUACGAAAAUCAAUCAAGUCUCGCCUGAUGAAUUUUGGGAUCGGAUGGGUGGUCGUCAAGAAUGUUGCGACGGUCGUGUUAGUGCGUUUUUCGUCGUUGCUCUAACUCGAUCAAAUCCAAUUCCUACCUCGGGCCCUCCUUCAUCCGUCCACACCCAACCAACUAAGAACGCAUCAGCAGACAUUGCCUCUCAUCAAGCAGAUAGCCAGAGUGUUUCAUCCAACUUGGAUAAUGGUAUAAAACCUGUUAAAUUGACUGAUUCUGACGAAGCCCAAAAGAAAAUCGUUGGAGUUCCUCGCAACGUCUGGGUUUCACUAUGGUCCAAAAUUCACAACAAAGAUUAUGGGACGCUAGAAAAUUUGACGACUGCAUAUACGGGUUGGAUAGACGAUGUAAAAUCGAGUAUAAAUUCGGCAGUUUUAGAAGACAAUCUAAAAAAGAAGAGGAAACUUGAAGAAAAAGGAACCAACCUCAAACAAGACAAGGUCAAUGGUGGCUGCGAACCUAACGCUGAUAAGCACGACAAGCCGGUAGAAGAAAGGCCCCAAUCCUCCUCCUCCCACUUUGAAGAUUGUUAUUCGGUUAUCCUUGUUGAUAAUUCUCUCAUGAACCACGUCAAUCCUACCGAGAGUGGUUCAAAUGGUCCCAAGUCAUCGGGCCCUUCUUCCAAUCAGCAAAAAAGGACCCAAGUCAAUGUUCUACAGCCGCGUAAAAAGCCGAAGAAAUAA